GGUGUUCUGCUGGCUGAUCCAGUUUCAGUUUGUUACUUUGUUCUUUUGUUGACAGAGACAGACACAGACGACGACAGGACAGACAGUUUGUUUAUCAUAUCACUGACAACACUGACAGACUUGCUGCAAAUUUCUAAGUAAUGUUUGACCCUUUGAAUUAAUUGAGCUGUUUGAUUUAUUAGUUGGAUCAUCAUAGCCUAAUAUACUUCAAUGUUUGGGGACUAAGCUAUUAUUAUGUCCAUGUCAUGAAGAAAUAAUGUUCUAAAGUAACGUAACUUUUACCUAAUGCAAAACGUGUACAGUGAGUUAUAUUUUGAAAUUCAAAAACCAUAUUCUUACAAUUUGCAAAUUUUGUUGGAAAGUAACUUACAAGUUAAUAUACAGAUUUAUUUUUGUUUAAACUAAAAAGAGUGCGCCUGACAAUGUCUGCAAAAAGCAACAAAAGCAGUCUUACAUUGUGCGAGGAGAUUGAAAAUGUCCGAGUUGUGAUUCGUGUGAGGCCUCUAAGCAGAGACGAAUUAGAGAAUGGAUUCAACAGUGUUAUAUCAGUAAACCCUGUCACUGGAACAAUAGCCGUAACUAAUCCGCAAGCUCCUCCACAAGAACCUCCUAAAACCUUUACGUUUGAUAUUGUUUUUGACACAGAUUCAAAGCAGUUAGAUGUGUACAAUGAAACAGCUCGGCCCAUUGUGGACAAAGUGCUCGCCGGUUACAACGGGACGAUACUUGCUUACGGACAGACCGGCACGGGCAAAACAUUCACCAUGGAGGGCGUACGGUCCGAACCUGAACUCAAGGGGAUCAUCCCUAACUCGUUUGCCCACAUAUUCGGGCACAUUGCCAAAGCGAAUGAAGAUACCAAGUUCCUGGUGCGAGUGUCUUACUUUGAGAUUUACAACGAGGAGAUUCGUGACUUGUUGACCAAGAGCUCAGCUAAGCUGGAGGUGAAGGAGAGGCCAGACGUGGGAGUGUUUGUCAAAGACUUGUCCACCUACAUUGUCAACAACGCUGACGACAUGGACCGCAUAAUGACGCUCGGCAACAAAAACAGGGUGGUGGCUGCGACGGCGAUGAACGUAGAAAGUUCUCGAUCACACGCAAUAUUCUCCAUCACUGUAGAGACCAGUGUUGUUCGAGAAGACAAGCAACAACAUGUCAAGAUGGGGAGACUUCACCUGGUCGAUCUGGCUGGUUCUGAGAGACAGAGCAAGACAGGGGCAACAGGUCAAAGGUUAGCUGAAGCCACCAAGAUCAACCUUUCACUGUCUACACUGGGCAACGUUAUCUCCGCCCUGGUGGACGGCAAGUGUACCCACAUACCUUACAGGAACUCCAAACUGACCAGGAUCCUCCAGGACUCGCUGGGUGGCAACUCCAAAACAGUCAUGGUGGCAGCAGUGGGGCCGGCCAACUACAACUACGAUGAGACCAUCAGCACACUCAGGUACGCCAACCGCGCCAAGAACAUCUGCAACAGAGCUCGUAUAAACGAGGACCCCAAGGACGCAUUGCUGAGGCAACUGCAGCUGGAAAUAGAGGUGCUGAGGCAGCAACUAGAGGACGGGGUGGCUCCGGCUGAAGGCAGUGGCUCGGAUGGUGAGGGUGAGGACAGUGAAGGUGACAGACUACACAGGGUAGAGCCACUUACCAUGGAUGCCUUGGAGGGGGUGCAGGAAGGGGGAGGUGACGAAUCUAGUCACCCGGACACUCCUGUGGCAGCGUCAGAAGUCAAUGUCCUGAAAGAAAAGCUGGAAAACCUUCAGAAGAAGAUACUGGUCGGAGGAGAAAAUCUACUAGAGAAGGCUGAAGAACAGGAGAAGCUAUUGGAAGCAUCAGCUCAAGAACUGGAGCAGAGGAUGAGUAGGGAGGAACAAUUGCAAAGGGAGCUGGAGAGAAAAGAGGCUGAACGGAUCAACAUAGAAGAGAGGUACUCAUCACUGCAGGAAGAGGCUGCCGGUCUGACUAGGAAGCUGAAGAAGGUGACAGCUCUGCUGAUGUCUGCCAAGGAGGAACUGAAGGACGUGACUGGAGAAAACCAGCGAGAAAUGGAGGGACUGUUGGACAAUGUUAGACAACUUACCAAAGAACUGGCUUUACAGGAGACCAUAGAGAAGGUGUUCAUACCCGACCAAUACAGGGAGAUGAUUGAGCGACACGCACACUGGAAUGAAGACAUCGGAGAGUGGCAACUCAAGUGUGUGGCGUACACAGGCAACAACAUGCGCAAGACACUCGGCCCACUCAGUCCCAAGGAUAAGAAGGAGAUCCCAGUUCCAGACUUGUCCAAGGUGUAUUUAUCUUACAACAAUGAGAGGUUGACUACAGCUGCAAAGACUAGAGCAAAAUCAUCAAGGGCAACAGCUGAUCACUAACGAAAAACAGCUGAUCACUAACAAAAACAGCUGAUAACUGACAAUGUUCUAGUCCAAAUAGUUACAUUCCAGUCUUAAGGCUGAUUAAAAGAAAUGAUUUGAUUUAUUCCAUAAUAUUUACAAAAUGUAUUUUGUAGUUGAAGAAUUCUCACGUUUGUGUAACGCUUCACUGUUUACCAUUAAGUAUUGCCAAAGUUGAGUUUUUUUUGUUAAUUAGUCAAUAAGAAAUUCUUAUUUGUUAUCAUUCAAUGGUGCUUUAUUUUGUUGUUGAACAAUUGGUUUGUUUAUUUUCAACAAUUUUGUAGCAAUAUGUUUUAUUACGGGAUAACUACUACCUUAGUGUACUGAUAUUAUGAUUAAUUUAAUUAUUAUUUUUUUAUUAAUUAGUUAUUAGUUUUACUCUUAGUAAACACGUAACAUUCUAAUCUACCAUUCCUACUUUAUUACUUGUGUAGGUAAAUAUGUUUUGACUUUUGGCUAAUAAUUCUCUGUUGAUGCAUAGUAUGUACACCUACGAUGUUUAAUUCUAAACUUUCAGUUCUAUUUUUGAUGGUUUCUUAACCUUUUUAUAUCUUCUUUUUAUUUCAUUUUACUGAAAUCCAGGAUUAUGUUUCUAUAAGGCUAUUCUGCCUUCAGGUAUCAAAUGAUUUUCCUCCUAUUUUAAAUUGGUUUGAAUUUAGGAAAUUUCCAUUCCUUAAAUACUUUUAUAAAAACCAAUUAUGCCCACUUUCAAUUUCAUGUAUUUUUUAUGGUUCUGUUUAAAUUGUACUAAGCAGCAUCAGUAUUUUGUGCUCUUAUACUCCAUUCACAAAAAAAUAGCCAGUUUGAGGGGAAGUCCCCCCACUCCUAUUUUUGCUUAAUACAAUAAUAUUGCAGCUGAUUGAUGUUUUUUGCAAACCUCAGCUGUUGGGCUAUUAUUUUAAAGGUAGGAUCAAGUGGAGGGGAUAGAUUUUCUCCAUUAAAUCCGCCUAAAUUUUGUGAAAAGAGAAUAAUAAAAAUAUUAUUGACUGAUUUAUAUUGUGUUGUUUGCAAAGAAAUUUGUUGUAUUAUGGUGCAUUUAGUUACACAUUUUGUUGAUUACAUAUUAUUUAUAUCUCUGUGAUAAGUUAUUUCUAUUGUUUUUAUAUAUUACCAAUUUGUUUGGUAAAUAAACCAUU